GAGAAGGCGAAGAAAAAAGCCAGCUUCGUGACCCGUACGCUUUGGACCUUUAUUAUGAUUGGUGGCUUCAUCACAUUGCUGCUUAUGGGACAUGCGUACAUGAUCAUCCUUGUCAUGCUGUGCCAAACCUUGGUCUACCGCGAGGUCACUGCGCUCUUUUCCCUCCGGCGAAAAGAUGUUGGCGACGGGAACGCGAGGGGGCGCGACCCUUGGAGCAAGACGUUGAACUGGUACUUCUUCGCCGUUACGAACUACUUCCUCUACGGCGAGAGCAUCAUCUACUAUUUCAAGCACGUCGUCUUCUCCAAUGCGCAACUUACGCCGUUUGCGACGAACCACCGCUUCGUCAGCUUCACGUUGUAUCUCAUCGGCUUCGUCGGUUUCGUCCUUUCGCUUAAGCGCGGCUACCUCAAGCAACAGUUCGGUCUGUUCUGCUGGGUGCACAUGUCGCUGCUUCUCAUCGUUGUAUCAAGCCACUUCAUUGUGAACAACAUCCUCGAGGGCCUUAUUUGGUUCUGGGUCCCAGCAUCGCUCGUCAUUUGUAACGACGUCUUCGCCUACAUUUGGGGCAUAACGGUCGGCCGGACACCGCUGAUCAAGCUGUCCCCCAAGAAGACUGUCGAAGGUUUCGUCGGCGCGUUCUUCAGCACCAUCAUUUUCGGCCUGCUUUGGGGCUCGUACUUCUCGCGCUUCGACUACAUGAUCUGCCCGAUGCGCGACCUCGGCGUCACGGCUUGGAGUGGCCAGUCAUGCGAGCCCAACCCGGUCUUCGUCUGGAGGGACUGGCAGAUGCCCGCGCCGCUUAGUGCUCCCCUCAGCACUCUUAUGGGCCAUCAGGUGACGGCGAUCCCGUACGCGCCAUACCACCUGCAUCUACUCGUCCUGUCCUGCUUCGCGUCCCUCGUCGCGCCCUUCGGCGGUUUCUUCGCCUCCGGCUUCAAGCGUGCCUUCGAUAUCAAGGACUUCGGCCACAGCAUCCCCGGCCACGGCGGCAUGACCGACCGCAUGGACUGCCAGUUCCUCAUGGGCGUCUUCACCUAUGUGUAUUACAGCAGCCUGAUCCGCGACAACCACGUCACCGUCGGCUCGAUCCUCCAGACGAUUGUCAGCGGCCUGACGGUCACCGAGCAGCUGCAGCUCUUGGCCGACCUCAAGCGCUACAUCGAAAGCCAAGGCAUCGUCGUCAACUUGUGA